CUAAGAAAUUGCAAUACAAGCAAUCGCUCUGCACACCCAGUAUUGUAUUUGCUUUACUUUAAAACCAACAGCAAUCAAUUGUAUUAGUUAUUCAAACUCUAAAAUAUAAUUGACUUGAGAAAACAAGCGCGCGGAGCGAUCGCUACGUCACGUCAAUAUGUUGCAUUAUUUUCCUCCGCCAGUCUUUUUGUUUGUACAGCCAAAGUUGGCCUCAUUAGUUCGUCCCUAAUCCAAAUUUAAUGGCUGUCGUGAAUUAUAAUUAGUUGAAGUACACAUUCAAAGUGUAAUAGAAAAGUCAGCAGUUGUCUUACAUCAGGCAACCCUUUCUGAGACCAAAUGGAAAACAAAUGGAAGGAAUGACAUAAAUACCAACAAGGUCAAGUGCUUGACUUGCCCGCCCAUCUGGCUAUAACAUGGGAGGGAAACUUUCAUUAUUCUCUCAUGAGAGGUCUUCGUCAUUAAGGAUGCGGUUUAGUAUUCAUUUCAACCGAGAUGGAUCUGCUCCUGUCUGCCGGGUCCCAAAAUCUGGAGUGGCGGCUAAGUGUGUGUUUGGCGUUUCCUUACAGACGCUAAGACAAAAUGGGAAAACAGUCAACGGCAUACCGCUUGUCUUACGGGAUAUGGUAGAGUUCUUGGAGAAAAAUGCGAUGGACUAUGAGGAUCUUUUUCGCGGGGGCUGCUCAGUGGUGAAGAUCCACCAAUUGAGGCGACGGUUGGAUCAUGGCGAGAAAGUCAAACUGGAGCUGGAACACGUGAACACCGUGGCUUCGCUCCUCAAGCUCUUCUUUCAACAGCUGCCCGACCCAGUCGUCCCAGAGUACCAACGCAGACUUCUCGUCCAGACCUUCAGCGGCAAUACGGACGAAUACGAGUUGACCCUGUCCUUGAAAAAACACCUUCGCCGCAUCCCGGACGACCACCUCAUCGUCUUGUUGUACAUCGCCAACUUCCUUUCCAGAGUGGCGGCUUGCAGCGAGUUGAACCGCAUGACGGUGGACAGUCUGGCCACCAUUUUUGGACCUUGCAUCUUUCACGUUCCCGCCGGUCCUAAGAUGCUAGAGGAGCACAACGUGUGCAACACCGUGUUGGUCCAUCUCCUCAGGAAGCACAAAAUCAUCCCACUGCCCACCGGCAUGUCUCGCCCACCUUCCCCGUCAUCCUCCAACCCCUUCUGAGGUGACCUCUGAACUUCUCACCGAUGUCGGAAAACGCUAUCGAAGCAAAAGCUCAACAAUGUGAUCUUCUGAUCCAGCCAUAAAUGGUGUCAAGUGAUUUGUUUGAAUGGUAGCGCCGGUGUGUGGCCUUCUUGCAGCUCUUUUGGGAGUCAACUUGCGUGUAUUGUUUACUUGGGCUUCUGGCUUUAAUUGAAGGCGGCGAGUGAGCCGCUCUGCCUCCAGGAAGUCGCUCGUUGACUACGAAGUGCUCAUCAUGCGUGCACUUUCCUCGCUAAUGGAAGCUCCCUCAUGUCAGCUGUAUGCUUGACUGCCAACCGUGUAGAAGGAAAAGUAUCUUGUCGGUGAAACGAACGUUUGCUUCCAAUGCACGCCGGGUCAUGUUGAUUUUCUUCACCUUUAAAUUGUCGAACAGGUUAAAAACAAUCAUGGACAAACAGUCCCACUUUUUUUUAUCUUUUCAGCAUGAUGAGCAAGUGGUUAGCUCGUCUGCCUCACAGUUUUAAGGUUCUGAUGUAGGAAUUAAUUUACACCUUCAGAGUCAUGAUGGAUUUUAUAAUCCUACGCUGCAGUCAACCGUGGACAAACCAUUUUUUGUCUUUAUUUAUGUUCUCAUACUUGCUCAUAUAA